CGCCGGGGAUGUGUAGCGAAGGCCCUGGGCCCCCCGACCGACUGAGGAGCUGAACAAUCAGGGAGGGGAGAAUGGGGUGUGGGAAGAUGGCGGCGCCGGCGCCGGCGAGCACUGCAGUUUCCUCCAGCGUCCCGGCGGGGUCCCGGAGCCGCACUCGAGUGGGAGGCGUGAGGCAACGCUGCCAGUGGCUGAUUUAUUGGGUGCCGGUUGUCUUCAUCUGCAGCAUCCUCUCCUGGUCCUACUACGCCUAUGUCGCCCAGCUCUGCUUGCUAACUAUAACAAAUAUUGGAGAAAAAGUGGUGUGCCUGAUUGCCUAUCAUCUAUUUUUCAUGAUGUUUUUGUGGUCUUACUGGAAAACAAUCUUUACGUUACCAAUGAAUCCUUCCAAAGAAUUCCACCUGUCCUAUGCAGAUAAGGAAUUGAUGGAGAGAGAACCAAGAAAUGAAACCCAUCAAGAAGUGCUGAAGAGAGUAGCCAGGGACCUCCCGAUCUAUACAAGAACAAUGUCUGGAGCAAUCAGAUACUGUGAUAGAUGCCAACUUGUAAAACCAGACCGUUGCCAUCACUGCUCUGUCUGUGAUAAAUGUAUUUUGAAAAUGGAUCAUCAUUGCCCUUGGGUGAACAACUGUGUUGGAUUCUCCAAUUACAAAUUUUUCCUUCUUUUCUUGGCAUAUUCUCUGUUAUACUGCCUUUUCAUAGUUGCAACUGAUUUACAGUAUUUUAUUAGAUUCUGGACAAAUGGCCUUCCUGAUACCCAAGCCAAGUUCCAUAUUAUGUUUUUAUUCUUUGCUGCAGCCAUGUUUUCUGUCAGUUUAUCCUCUCUCUUUGGAUAUCACUGUUGGUUAGUCAGCAAAAAUAAAUCAACAUUAGAGGCAUUUCGAUCACCUAUUUUUCGUCAUGGAACAGAUAAGAAUGGGUUUAGCUUGGGGUUCAGCAAAAAUCUCAGACAAGUCUUUGGAGAUGAGAAAAAAUAUUGGUUGUUGCCAAUUUUUAACAGUUUAGGAGAUGGAUGCUCCUUCCCUACCUGCCUUGUUAACCAAGAUCUUGAACAAGCUUGUACUCCCACAGGACACAGUGCUUCAAACAAAAAUGAGAAUAAUCAUCAUUUUCCUGCUAAGCCAUUACGAGAUUCCCAAAGCCACCUUCUUACUGACCCUCAGUCUUGGAUAGAAACCAGUGCAAGUAUUGAAAAGAACAAACUGGGUCUGAGCAAUCCUGCACUUACUAUGGAAAAUGAAACCUUGUCAUUCAAGUAAAAGAGAGAAAUCCUGGAUCUUCAAAUUCAGAAUUGUUGGUGAGUGGAUGAGAGGAUGAGGGAUUCCUCCACAACAUCAGCAUCCAUCAACCAGGUGUUCCAGUCCACUGCUGUGUGGAUAUGCCCAGAAGAUAUGUCAAGAUCUACUUUAGCUGUCUCCCUACCAUCGCUUGAAAUACAACGCCUGUUGUCUUCUCAUAUGUGUAUAAAGAAUAGUCCGGUUAACACAAAAUAUUGUUAAAAUACAAAGGGGAAGUCUUCAAAAUUACAGGUUGGGAAAACAAGAAGUCAAGACAUUCAGGACAAACUUAGUCCUUUUCAGAUUAAAAGGGCAGUUUUUGCAUUGGCACUGAUAGCUCAGUUGAAUGUAAGCUAUUCAAAUAUAACCUGAACAUG